UGAAGAUACGACAGCGACUUGCGUCACAAGCAGCUUACAAAUGAAUGAACAAGUCUCUGAGUUCUUGACCAUGACAUUCGAUGGAGUUGAAAAAACUUUCGAAGACUUCACAUUUACCUACUACCCAAACCCAAUUAUCGAUGGCAUUGACAGAACUGUGGCUAUCAUGUCAGGAGGUCUCGAUAUCAAACUAACAGGACAAAGAUUUGAUGUCAUCCAGGAACCCCGGAUAAUAGUUUCGUCACUUACAACAAAUGCUAGUGACUCUGAGCUCUGCAAUGGAACGGAAACUCUUCUCAUCUGUCCAACCCCAAGCUUUCCUGACGAGGGUAUCUCUGCCAGAAGAAGACGAGCUACAAAUGGCGUUAUGACAGCAAAUCUGACCUUUGACUUUGAUGGAUACAUCAUCGAUGACGGCUUAAUAGAGUACUACCCAGACCCUAUGUACGAAAGCUUUAUUGGACCAAACAGAAUCUAUGAAAGUGGGAACAGCCGGCUUGAGAUCGCAGGAAUGAAUUUGGACUUAGCAAGCACAGAGGAUGAUAUUCAAGUUUUGUUGGGUCCCGAUGGAGUUUGUGAUGUUGAUGAUCUUGAGAUUGAUGUAUUACGAUGCCAGCUACCAAAUAAGAAGCCUCAACCAGGAAACAUCAAUGGUACAGUGGAGCCUGGACCUACCCAAGAUCUACCAGCUGUAACGGUUAUCCAUGGAAACUUGGUAUUCUACCCUGGAUACGUAAAGUACUCUACGACGUCCAUCAACAUCGGUGCCAUUGUCGGUGCUGUGAUUGGGACCGCUUUGCUCAUCUUCAUCCUCGUCAUCAUCGGCGCCAUCAUCUUUAGACGAAGUCAUCAACGAUUAAACAAACAAGUCCAAGUGUUUGAAAUGCUGGAGAAGAAGAUUCAAGACAGAGUGGAAACUGCUUUUCAUGAACUACAGGCUGACAUGUCUGAAGUAGAGGAACAAAUCAGCCAUCUUGGUGUACCCUUUGUGAAUGCACUAGAUUACUCCAAGAAUAUGCUCUUUGCAGGACUGGCUGUUUUACCACCAACCACGGAUCCUGAGUACAUGAACUCUGACCUGGAGACUGCAAUGAUCAUGUUCUCUAGACAACUCGGCAAUCCUGACUUCUUGACUAAUUUCAUCAAGCAACUUGAAGAACAAAGAAAACCCAAGAGACGGGAUAGAGUCAACAUCGCCUCACUGAUUACCGCCCUCUUGGUGACUGAAGGAAAGUUUGGAUAUUUCACAGAGACUCUGUUCAAGCUCUUGGAAGAAAGUAUUGAAGAGGGGGCAGAGAGCGGUAGAGCAAGGUCACUCUUCAGAAGGACUGAGACCAUCGUUGAAAAGCUCCUCUCCAACUGGAUCUCCCUCUGUAUGUAUCAAUAUCUGAAGAGGCAAGUGGCUGAAUCUCUGUACCUGCUGUACCAAUCCAUCAAGAUUCAGGUUGAGAAAGGACCUAUUGAUAUCACCACUGGACAGUCUGUAUUUUCUCUAAACUUUGAAUGUCUCUUGGAAGAAGAGGUGGAGUUCAACGAGUUGACCUUGUCAGUAGUGGGCAGGGACAAGCACCACAAGUACUACGUCAAGGUUCUAGAUGUUGAUUGCAUGACUCAAGUCAAGCAGAAGAUACUGGACGCUGCCUACAGGAACAGCCACAUUGUACAACAGAACAGAGCUCAUGAGAUGGAUCUUCUGUGGUACCAUCCCGGUGGGGAGGAGAGAAUCCUGAAAGAUCGAGACGAAUUGAACAAAACCAUUGGGAACACCAAGGGUUUAUUCAUCAAUACAAUCAAGACUUACGGGGUAUCUGAUGGGUGUCAAGUAGCUCUGAUUGUCAAGGCAUCAAUGAAUGAGACAGGGACGUAUCAACCUGUUACACCAGGGGUACAACUCUUCCAACAAUACCAAGAACAUGCUGGUCCGGAUGAUGUCCGUGAUAGAGACUACAUUCGAAUCCGGACUAUGGAAAGUGGCGGAUCUCGGAUCAUGCACUUGGUUGCCGAGAACCAAAUACCCACAGAGAGCAGUACAUCCCUGACCAAGCUGGAUCGUGAAUUCUUAGCCCCGCGUUUGCUGGUUACUAAAAAAACGAUUCAGACUCGCCUUGAUGAGUUCCUUGCCUGUGUCUUCAAGAAGCCCGCCGAGACUCCACUCACCAUCAAAUAUCUUUUUGACUUCUUUGAUAAGAUGGCCAAUAAGUACUGCGAUGAGAAACCCGAGGAGAUUGCUGAAGCAUGGAAGAGUAACAGCCUACCACUACACUACUGGAUGACUACAUUGACGCAUCCCUCCUACGUCUUUGACAUGCGUCAGUCACGGUCUGCUGACCAGAGCGUUUCGGUCUUGGCUAACAUGCUGGACAAUGCCUGCAAGAAAAUCCGCUCAGAGAAUACGCAGGAGUCUGCCCUCAAUCGGGUCCUGUUUUACAGGGAUCUUCCAGGCCACAUCAGAACCAUCGGUGAAUACUACGAGAACAUCAAAGGGUUACCGCCACCAACGACAGAAGAACUCCAGGAGGAUUUCAACAGAAUUACACAAGACUUUUCUGGUCUGUUCAGUCGAGUGGCAACCCUCAGCAAGUUGUAUGACUUCACAUCUCAUGACACAGGUCCUCUGUUGGAUUCGAUCACAGAGCUGAUGCCAAACUAGAGCCUUAGUCAUCAUCGCACUUUCCAAGCUCUCCUCGUGGUUCAUGGUACUACAUCGUGAUUACGACUUCAAAAUGCUUGUAUCCAGAUGGACCGUCAAAAAGGCGGCAACAUUGUGUAUAAUACAGGAAAAUAUUGAUACUCAGAUUUUUGCUCUUUAGUUUUAUAAAUGCAAAGUACUUUAGGUUUACUAU